GAACCGGACUUCCCAUCACUACUGCCAGAGGAUAAGUGGUAUUUAAGUCACCACUUUGGCUCUGUCAGCACAACAGAUGGUGAACCAAAGCACAGUUGAUGUUACAGCAGCUUUCAGACCGUUAGACACUUCUCCUUGUGUCUGCAUGGCAUAGCAGGAAACCAAAAGCAGAAGGGGGGAUGAAAGAUUCGUUUCCUUUCAGAAAGGCCCUAAAAUCAAACUUGUUUCCAAAAACCAAGAAGUGACUCAAGACCUAUUUCAAGUAAAAGCAUCACAUUUGAUCCUUGCAUCUCGUUGAGCCAAUGUGUAGUUUUAUGUGACAGAAAUUACACAUCCAUGGAGUUUAGGACAGCGCUGGCAUUCACCACGGACACUGACUCCAACCAGACCUUCAGGAAUGAGUCGACGGAGGCCUGUUCACGGGACAGCGCUCUGAAGACAACCGUGUUCCCUCUUCUCUACACCAUCCUCUUCAUCCUGGGCUUGUCGCUGAACGGCCUGGCAGCAUGGGUGUUCCUCCGAAUCCCCAGUAAAUCUCACUUCAUCAUCUAUCUGAAGAACAUCGUGGUGGCCGACAUUAUCAUGACCCUCACCUUCCCCUUCAAGAUCCUCGCCGAUGCGAACUUAGCAUCAGUCGGUGAGCGUGUGUUCGUCUGUCGAGUGUCAUCUGUGCUCUUCUACCUCACCAUGUACAUCAGCAUCCUCUUCUUUGGCUUGAUCAGCAUCGAUCGCUGCAGAAAGACCAUUCGGCCGUUUGUGGGCACCAACCCUAGACGCCUGCUGUACAGAAAGCUCCUCUCGGGCUUCAUAUGGACAUCGCUGUUGGCUCUUUCUCUGCCUAACGUAAUCCUGACGAGCCGGCCCAGCACUUCAAGCCACUUUAAAUGCAGUGACCUCAAGACAGAGAUGGGACUGAAGUGGCACGAGCUGGUCAACCACGUGUGCCAGGUGAUCUUUUGGGGAAACCUCGUGACAGUAAUAGUAUGCUACACACUCAUCUCGAAAGAGCUCUACAAGUCUUACGCCCGCACACGAGCUCAACACCAGGGAAGGCCAGGGACGAACACCCCUCAGAACAUUCAAGCCAACGUGUUCCUGGUGUUGGCCGUCUUCUUCGUGUGCUUCGUUCCCUUCCACUUCUCCCGAGUGCCCUACACCAUCAGCCAGACCCGAGAAAGCAUGUUCGAUUGCCAGCAGAAGCUGCUUUUCUUCCAGCUGAAGGAGAGCACGCUGUGGCUGUCCUCCCUUAACUCUGUGCUGGAUCCUCUCAUCUACUUCUUCCUCUGUAAGUCUUUCAGGAGCUCUCUGUUAAACACCCUGCGUCUGUCUCCGGGCCGCUGCAGGGGGCUCAGGGAGCUCGGCACAGACUCGGCCAGCACUCCUCAGGGCAACACACUCAUGUAACGCACAGACAGUGCUGUCGGGAACUCUCUCGUCCACAUGAACAUGCUAGGGUUCUCCUACACUAAUCAUCUCACUGACAUUAAUAUUAUUAUUGUUUUAACAUAUUUUCAUGCUGCAAUGGCUACAUGGGUGAGUCACUUAUAUCCUUGAUUCAGACCUGUCAUGACUUAUUCAUAACUCAUAACUCAUACCUCAGAGUCAGGCAUUGAGCUAACAGUUUUUUGAUAUUCCAUUACUAGCAGUCAAGCUGCAAGGCCCAGGUUCACUGUAAACAGGAUUUCAGAGAAUAAAGUAAAAUAGUAAAAGAGCUAGAAUUUAUUGUAAUGCAUUUGAACUGUUUGCCAAUACUGUUUUUAUUUUAAAAGAUGUGCACUUGUAGACAUAACCAUAUGCCGAAAACAGCAACGCUUCUUGUGUUGUCACAUUAAAACAAAUAACAUGGAUAAUACAUUUUUCCAUAUAUUUUCCAAUUAAAAACCAAAAUGGCAGCUUUUAACCAAAGAAAAUAAAAAAGUUCAGCAAACAACACAGUGUAAGACGUCUAGUCUGUUCAUUAGUUCCCUUCCUCGGUCAUGUUUAUACACCUUCUCCAUCUCUGUCCUUCAUGUCUUUGUCUGAAGUGUUUGAUUUAGUCUGUGAUAUAACCCCCCCCCCCAAUCUACUGUAUAUAACCACUUAUUUUUGUUUCAGAAGUGUCAUGGAUAUGUUCCCGUUUAGUUCCUGUUUGUCCUUAUGUGAAGUACCAUCAUGACACAAAUGUACAGAUUGUAACAAAUAAAAAAGCUACAAUUUUAGACAAUAUAUGUGUGCAUGUACUGCACGAGUAAACAUAUAUUCAAUACAUUCACACACGCGCAGUACCAUAUCUUAUCACAUGUCUGUCUAUGUUAUAAAGUGUAUUACUGAAUAUAAAAUUACAUUUUGAUAUAUUAAUAA